AACCAAUUACAAAUUUGCAAACUAGGUUGCACCUCGUGUUUCCCUGUAUCUAGUUGGUAAAGGCCCUAAUUUACCUAUCUAACGCACUUCGUUUUCUUUCCAAUGUAAUUCAUUUCAUCAAUUGUUGCUGUUACCUGGGUUGCGACCAAGAUGAAUGCAAACCAAACGAUCUUCUCUUCAUACACGUUCAUGUUUGCUGAACCUGGAAAGAGACAUGAGAUUUACAACGUUUGCAUGGAUCAGCCAAUGAAGAUAAUUUCGAAUGGCAUUUGGACUCACCAUCUUGGCGCAAUCCCUUCACAAUCUGCAUUCACAAUGCUUGAAUUACAAAUAGUUACCAUUUUUGUCGUCACACAAUGCUUCCAUUUUAUUCUCAAGCGAUUAGGGUGCCCUUAUUUUGUCUCACAAAUAAUGGCUGGUUUUCUUCUAGGGCCAUCAAUUCCCACAGGACCAUUGGAAAAGUACAAGCAGAUGUUGUUUCCAUUCGGGAGUCCAGACAUCCUAAACACGGUGUCAUCGUUGGGGUUCUCGUUCUUCCUCUUCCUAACUUCGGUGCAAAUGGACCUAACCUUGAUCAUGAAAACGGGGAAGAAGGCAUGGGUCAUCGCAGGGUGCUCCUAUUUCGUUCCCAUAUUUGUUGGCUUUGUCACCAUGGGAUUGUCAAUGGAUACGUGGAAUAAAUUCGUUGGAGAGGACGCCUUCACCACCUUGCCCAUGGUCCUCAUAUCCCAAAGCGGUUGUUCCUUCGCCGUCGUCUCAAACCUUCUCAACGACGUCGGAAUCCUCAACUCCGAACUCGGACGCCUCGCACUCUCCGCAGCUUUUGUCAACGAUCUCGCUGCUGGAAUUGGGGCUGGAUUUGCCACAUCGUAUGUUAGCAGCAUGCAUUUGAGUCCAUCUACCCGUAUUACAAACAUGGUGGCAUUUUUUGUUUAUUUAAUCUGCGUUCCACUAGUUUGCCGUCCAGCGAUGAAGUGGGUUGUGAAGAACACCCCAGAAGGAAAAUCCGUGGAUAAGAUAUACAUCUAUGUGAUCAUUAUAGUGUUGUUGGGAUUGGCGUACGCUGCGGAUUUUUUCCACUUGCCCUUCUUAUCAGCAGCUGUUAUGUUCGGUCUUUCUGUCCCCGAAGGUCCUCCUUUGGGGUCUCAAUUGGUUUGCCAACUCGAGUUGUUCUCUACGUGGUUCCUCACCUCAAUUUUCGUCACUUGUUGUGUCAUGAAGGUGGAUCUUACCGAAUUUCACUCUAUCAAAUACGUUUUUGGCAUAUCCUUCUUCGUUGUACUCGUCUACGUGGUGAAGAUGAUAUUGUGCAUGGGAAUUUCCCACUACUGUAACAUGCCCUUCUCGGAUGGCUUAUGCCUUGCUCUCAUUUUGACCUCCAAGGGUGUUGUCGAUCUCUGCUCCUAUACCCUAAUCUACGACAUCAUGGCAGAGAAUAAACAGUUGAUAUCUGUUAUGGUGAUCUCGGUGGUGAUCCUAGGAACAGCUUCGGGCAUUGGCGUGAAAGCAGCGUACGACCCUACAAGGAAAUACGCAGGGUACCAAAAGAGGAACGUCAUGAGCUUGAAGAACCACUCUGAGCUAAGGCUAGUGGCAUGCGUACAAAAGCCAUACCACACGAAUGAGAUCAAGAACGUGCUCCAGGUUUAUUCUCCUAUACCAGAGAACAUACUAGUAGCGGAUAUUUUGCAUCUCACAGAGCUAGUUGGAAGGUCCACACCCAUUUUCAUUGCACACAAACUUCAGCAGAAGCUAGGGUCUUCCUACAACUACUCUGGUGAACUCAUUGUGGCCUUUGACCUAUUCGAACGUGACUAUGCUGGUUGCGCCACUGUCAACACCUACACAGCCAUAUCACCAGCGACACAAAUGCAUGAAGAUGUUUGCUACCUUGCUUUGGACAAAAACGUAUCACUCAUCAUUCUUCCAUUUCAUGUGAAAUGGGGAGGGGAUGGUUCCAUAGAGUCAGAAGACAUCAACAUAAGGUCACUAAAUUCCAAGGUUCUGGAAAAGGCACCAUGCUCAGUUGGGAUUCUAGUCAGCCGUGGCCUUUCUUGCUUCAAGUCAACGUUUUACAAAGUGGCCAUGAUUUUCUUGGGUGGACCUGAUGAUAGAGAAGCUUUGUGUUUGGCUAAGAGGUUUGCCAAAAACCUUGAUAAUACAUUGUUUGUGUAUAGAUUGGAAGCAAAUGAUCGUAACAUCACAGAUUGGGAACACAUGAUUGAUGAUGAGGAGUUAAGGGAAGUGCGUGGAGCUUAUGGUCAACUUGAAAAUGUGACAUAUGUAGAGACAAUCAUAGAUGAUGCAUCUCAAACAACGUGCAUCAUCAAAGAUAUAGCACGCAAGUUUGAUUUUAUUAUAGUUGGGAGACGCUAUGGGGUGAAAACUUCUCAGACUUUUGGGUUGGAAAAUUGGACUGAAUAUUCGGAAUUGGGAGUUAUUGGUGAUUUACUAGCUUCACAGGAUACAGAGACUAAAGCUUCAAUUUUGGUUGUUCAACAACAGUCAACAAUGUCUGUUUCAUCACAAAAUUAGAUACAAUUAGUUGGGAUAAUCAUUAUAAAAACAGAUUGAUAUAUAAAAAGUACGGUCAUUAUAGGUACAAUUAAUUUACAUAUAGUUUACACACGAUUUUAGUGUUGAUUUUGCAUGAGAUUCAACAAGAUAUAUAGUGUGUCAUCAUUGUUUGUACCUACAUUUUUAUCAAUAUUCCAAUAUAUAUUGUAUCCAUAGUAUAGGUAAAAUUAGCUUUUA